UCGCUGCUGGUGCCGAGUCUGUGUUGGUGGUGGGAUGGCGACUGAGGCGCAGCCCCUUCUGGGCAGGGACCGAGGCGGUGGCCAGGCCCGUUCUGGUGCCACAGCCAGUCAGGAGCUCUGCAUACACCAGGCUGUGGUCUUCAUUGAAGAUGCCAUAAAUGUGUGUAGUGGCUGCCCUGGUGACCAGGAGUCUACCCUGUCCCUUUGUUCCUUACUGUCCUAGGGUGGGGACCUUCAUUCAGGAUAGACACAAUGGCAGGAACCUGGACCCAGCUCUCACUUGUCCUUUGAUGAAGGCUGUCUUCUUAGUGUUGGAAUCAUGGUGCCAUUGAUUUAGUAUGUACCGAAGCCUGACUUGGACCGUCCUGUGCUAGGCCCAGGUCUGGGAGACAUCUGCAGGAUGGAUACAGUUGUAUUGGAGAGUGGAACUGGCCUUCCAUGUACAGCCUUCACCUGUACUAAGGGAGCUCUCCCACUGAGUAAGCUCUGUAGCUUGUGCUUGUCUAAGCCAGAACUCAGUGAGGGGCUGCUGUCCCCCUGCUGAUACUACUCACUGACACAGGCUGGAUUGGGCCUGCCUCUGGGGAGAUUGGACCUCUGCAUUGGGCCACAUGUGGUAUGUGGGUACAGUCAGAGCACACAUAUAUGGCAUCAAGAGUAGCCCCUCCCAUACCCAUAUGUGUGUGCCACUGUGUGGGCCCUGCUCAAGCCCAGUGUGUGGCAGCACUGGCAGGUUCUCCCGUCCUGUGUGUGAGGUGCUGGGGAGACCCGACUCAAACCUCUUUGUGUGUAGCGCUUGGGAACAAUGCUAAAGCCUGUCUGUGUGCAGCACUGGGCCAGGGACCCUAGCCCCUUCCCUGUACUGUGUGGCAUUGGAGGGACUCUGCUCAUUUCGUUCUGUGCGGGGCUCAGUGUUGGGGGAGGAUCUGUCUCAAGCUCACCAUGUGCCCUUUGUUUCCAGUACCGCUCCAUCUACCACCGCAUGGAUGCUGGCUCAUUGUGGCUUUACCGCUGGUAUUACUCGGACCUGUGCCAGCGGUGAGACUGCACCCUAGUGGAACCAGGCUGUGCAGACCUGCGUGGUGGGGUUGGACUGACCCUACAACUGUCUUGGGCUAAGCAUACUCCUAGUUCUCAUGGACAUAGAGAUGACCCUGGUGCCUCCUCCACAGAGGAGCCAGCUGUGGUCAUGAGGCUAUUGGUGAGUGCUGGGCUUCACCAUUUUCUUGAUCCUGGCCCUGGCUUUUGUGGAGUUCCCAUCAUCACUCACGAGAACUGCAGAUGUGCGCUACCGCUCCCAGCCCUGGCAGCCGCCCUGUGGGUUGACGGAGACUAUCGAGGGUCUCUGCAUGCUGGUCUUCGUGGUUGACUUCUCUGUGAAGAGCUACCUUGUGGGGCAGGCCCAGUUGCAGGACAACCUGUGGCUGCUUGCCUACUUUGUGGUGCUGGUUGUGUCUGUGGUGGACUGGACUGUUUCACUGAGUCUCUCUUGUGAGGAGUCCCUGCGGGUGCGCCGAUCACUCCGUCCCUUUUUCCUGAUGCAGAAUUCCUCCAUGAUGAAGAAGACCCUGAAGUGUAUACGGUCGUCGCUGCCAGAAAUGGCCAGUGUCGUGUUGCUGCUGACUAUCCACUUGUGCCUCUUCACCAUAAUUGGGAUGCUACUGUUCUCCAUUGGCGAGAAGGAUGAAGCACAGAACAAGGAGAGGCUGGCCUACUUCCGGAACCUUCCAGAGGCAUUGACCUCACUCCUCAUACUGCUGACAACUUCCAACAAUCCUGAUGUGAUGAUUCCCGCGUAUACCCAGAACCGGGCCUAUGCCCUCUUCUUCAUAAUCUUCACCUUGAUAGGAAGUUUGUUUCUGAUGAACCUGCUGACGGCCAUCAUCUAUAAUCAGUUCCGUGGCUACCUGAUGAAGUCUCUACAGACCUCAUUGUUCCGGCGGCGGCUGGGGGCCCGAGCGGCCUAUGAAGUCCUUGCGUCCACAGCAGGACUGGCUGGAGCCACCUCUGAGGCAGUUGGGGUAAAUCCUGAGAACUUCCUGCGAGUACUUCAGAAAACCCAGCUGCACAAAAUCCACAAACAGGCCAUCAUGCAGAAGGUGUGCUCCUAUGAAGGCCGCCCAAUGCUGGCUGAUGAGUUCCAGAAACUCUUCGAUGAAGUUGACAAAGGUGUGAUCAAAGAGUAUCCACCGAUGCCCCAGUACCGGUCUCCGUUUCUGCAGAGUGCCCAGUUCCUCUUCAGUCAUCACUACUUCGACUACCUGGGGAACCUCAUCGCUCUGGGAAACCUCUUGUCUAUCUGUGUGUUCCUGGUUCUGGACUCAAAUCUGCUGCCUGGGGAACGUGAUGAUUAUGUCCUGGGGAUUCUUGACUACGUCUUCAUCUUGUACUACCUACUGGAAAUACUGCUCAAGGUGUUUGCACUGGGUCUGCGGGGCUACUUGUCCUACCAUAGCAACAUAUUCGAUGGCCUCCUCACCAUUGUCCUCCUGGUUUUGGAGAUUUCUACUAUGGUUGUAUACCGAUUGCCAAACGACUCGGGAUGGAAGCCUAAGCAGUAUGGCCUACUGUCACUGUGGGACAUGACACGGCUGGUGAACACACUGAUUGUGUUCCGCUUCCUGCGCAUCAUCCCCAACGUGAAGCCAAUAGCUGUGGUAGCCAGUACCAUCCUGGGCCUGAUCCAGAACUUGAGAGCAUUUGGUGGGAUGCUGGUGGUGGCAUACUAUGUGUUCGCCAUCAUUGGGAUCAACCUAUUCCGAGGUAUCAUUGUGCCUCCUGGAAACAGCAGCCUGGCACCUGAUAACCACUCAGCACUGUGCGGAAGCUUUGAGCAGCUAAAUUAUUGGUCCAACAACUUUGACGACUUUGCUGCUGCUCUCAUCACACUGUGGAACGUGAUGGUGGUGAACAAUUGGCAGGUAUUCCUGGAUGCCUAUCGGCGCUACUCAGGCCCGUGGUCAAUGGUGUAUUUUGUGCUAUGGUGGUUGGUGUCCUCUGUCAUCUGGAUCAACCUGUUUCUGGCUCUGCUUCUGGAGAACUUUCUCCACAGAUGGGACCCCCAAGGUUAUAAGCAGCUCCUUGUUGGUACCCAGCAGAUCACCUAUCAGACGUCUGUGGAGCUCAUGUUCAGGGACAUCCUGGAAGAGCCCAAGGAGGAGGAACUGGUGGAGAAGCUGCACAAACACCCACACUUGCAGCUGUGCAGGUGACAUCAGAGUGGCCUCCCGGCUGGGGUGACAGGACAGGGAUGCUGGCCUGGGGCCCAUGCUGUGGAGGCAGAAGCUGGUAGAGGCCAAGCAGGAAAAGACGGUGCUUGGAACAGACCACUCAAGGACAGACAGAGGCUGGGACAAGGACUGCGGCUGCAGUCUGUGGCCCUGGCAGAUGGGUAGUCAACACUGUAGAGCAGCAGCCCUCUGUCUGCUGCUCUUCCGAGCUGCUCUGGGGAGACUUGCUAAGGAGAGAAGGAGGUGAUUUUGCAGGGACCUCAAAGCCCAGGAUGUGAGAAGACCUCAGCUCCCCUUGUUACCCACAGCUUAUCUGUGUCUUCAACGCCGGUGGCCUUUGUGAACCCAAGCCUGCACAGGGCCUGUGGAGGGUAGCCCGCAGGUUUCUGGGGCAUCAGGGUUGGUUUCACGUGUCAAGAAUGUCACCUUUUUAUUUCACGAUGUCUGUGAAUAUGGUCAGCUGUGCCCGGAGGUCACAGUGCCAAUCAUUUUUCUGUUUCAUAAAGAAUGUUCUUGUAAAGAA